AUGGAUUGGAGAAGUACCAAAAUUUUACUGGCGUCAACAGCUACAGUAGUUGUCGCGUCUCAGGUAGUAAAGAAUUUGUAUAAAUACUUUUUUCGUACUGAAUCAAAAAAACUACCUGAGGCUAAUGAAGAUGACGCAUGUAACGAAGUUCUCACCUUCAAGAACCGUGAAAUAAAUGAUGUUAUUUUAUUCUCCGAUGAUGUUGUCCGUCACACUAUAAGAGUGCCACCUAAUAAGGACAUAACCAUUUGUGAAAGUAGAGAGCUCAAUUGCUUCAAAUUGAUGAAAUAUAUAAAAUCAGCACGUGAGACUUUAGACGUCUGUAUGUAUUUAAUUACCAGCAACGAAAUUGCCGAACAAAUUAUACGAUUGGGUCAGAAACAUGUAUUGGUAAGAAUAGUGGUUGACAGUGAUAUGGCAUAUACACCACCAUCACAAAUCAAAAGAUUGAAAGAGUUCAGCUUUAUCCAAGUGCAAACUAACAAAAAAUCGAUUUUGAUGCACCAUAAAUUUUGCGUGAUUGAUGGACCUAAGGCAGUGAAGCGUAAAAAUAUUCUCAAGGCAUAUGCAGAGAAACUGAAUGUGCACGCCCAGUUUACAAAUACAAGGAUGAGUUUAAAGUUAAUGAAAUCUAAGCAAGUGAAAGGUUUUGUCAUGUCGGGCUCCUUGAACUGGUCUACUCAAGCUAUGACAUCAAAUCACGAAAGCGUUAUUGUCACUUCACACCCGAACAUUGUGGGAAAGUUUGAAAAAGAAUUUGAGAGUUUAUGGGUAGAAAAUGAGCCGUUCAAUGAUAGGCACUGA